CCGCCCCUUUUCAUUUCAUCUUCUUCCUUCUUUUCGUAUUCAGUGCUUCUAAUCAAAACCAGUGCCAUCAAAACACAGCAGCUCAAAUUCUAUUUCUUCGUAGCAAGUUUACUUGCACAAGAGGAGGUAGCAGCACCUUUUUCCUUCGUUAGUUUCCCCACAAAAAAAAAAAAAAGCUUGUGUCUUUUCCAUCUCUUAUGACAUUUCAACCCAAAACGGACCCUGGGUCUUUGCCUAGGUCCAUUCCGACCGCCACUGAAAAAGAAUACGGUGAAAUGAGCAUAUCCGAGCUAGUUGAUGUGCUGCGUAUUGCGUAUAAAAUUGAGGAUUUUGAUAAAAUUGAGGAAGAGUUGGUAAAGAGGGAAGCAAAACUUAGGGCGGAAAUUGGAUCACUCGGGGAGAAGUUUGAGCUGGAGAGGCUCAAGAGAAUUGAAGUCGAAGAGAGACUGAAAAUCAGAGAGGAGCAAUAUAAAAAGGGGAAGAGAGCCCAGGAUAAUUAUGAGCAGUUGUUGAAGGAAGUGAAAACAGAUCGCUUGGCUGAAAAACAUGCUAUUGAGGAGUUCAUCAAAAAGAACGUUGCUUUAGAAGGUGAAGUGUAUGAGCUGAAGGAGUUCAGGAAAAAAAUGCUAGAUGAGGUCAAAUCUAUGGAUGAACUAAGGGACAAGAUCCGUGUAUGGAAGGAGGAGAAGGUUGGGGACAAGAAUGCUCUUGAUGUCUUUAUCAUGAAGAACAUUGAAUUGCAGGAAGCAGUUAAGAAGAAUUUGACUAUGAUAGAGGGGUUGAAGAAUGAAAAUGGUAAACUGACAGAUGAGAAGCACGAACUUAAGACAUUAUUUGAAUCUUUGCAGAGGAGAUAUAGUAAACUCCCUGUCAGUGAUGUGAAAUUGGAAGAGAGUACUAUGCCUUUGAUGAGUGAAGAUGCCUUUGAUUGUGGGAACACUGAAGUGGAGCCCAAUCUUGGAGUUUCUUUCGCUGUCAAAGAUGAAAAGGAUGUUAGUGACAACGAGCUUGAAAAUGACACUGGGGAGCCUGUUCCUUUACAAAGGGAUGAAGAUACUCAUUACUCUGUUGAUACUGGCACUGGUCAGUCUCCCAACAAAGGGAACAAGGAGGAUGCUAUAGGAGCAUUAGGGGUCAAAUUCAAAGUGGAAAAGGAUAUCAUGGACCUAAGUGAGGAUGAUGAUAAGUACACAUCACAAGGAUUUCAUGGAGAGAAAGCUAUUCCUCAAAUAAUUGAAGAAAAUGAACAUCCACAAAGGGUUGAAAUUAUCAAAAGAAAACGUGCUUCUGAUAUUCAGGCUUCUACUUCCACGUCUACAUCCUUUGCUGAUUUAUUUGAAACAGAAAAUCUCCCUGUAAAGAGAAAUAUGGCUAGAACACAAGGUGCAUCAUCUUAUCAAGGAAAAAAUUCUUGUCAAGGGGAAAAUAGAAGACUUACUGCAUCAGCUAGGAGAAGACAGGAAGAAGCUGAUAUUCAUGAGGAGAAACAUAAUGUUAUUGAAGAGCAACAUCAUGUUCAGGAGCGGGAGGAUGUGAAUGUUGGUGAAAAGGAAGUUUGUGGAUUUCCUGGAGGUCCACAUGAUACAUCUCUGCUCACUCACUAUGCGCGACAUGUUGCACAUGCGUUGUGGCAGGACGAGGAUCGAGGGGAGAUCAAGCUGAUCUCCCAUGGUAAGAAAUUAAAUAGAUUUGGAGCAUGUCACGAGGCAAUUGAAGAAAUUGUGUUGAAUUCUGGAUUAUUGCCUCUUUGUGGUAUUUCGUACGACUAUGUUGACAAGGGUUUGUUGUUGGCGUUUGCUGAGAGAUGGCAUUUGGAGACAAACACUUUCCAUUUGCCAGUGGGUGAGAUGAGCAUUACACUCGAUGACGUAUCGUCGCUCCUUCACCUGUCUAUAGAGGGAGAAUUUUGUCCAGUCAAGGACUUAGAAUGGGAAGAAGCUCAGUCUGCUCUCAUGGACCUUUUGGGUGUGGACUACGAGAGGGCGGGAACUGAGAUGACAGAAGCCCGUGGUCCGAAAGUGAGGCUUAGCUGGUUAAGAGGUGUUUAUACUGAGUGUUGUGAGCAGCAACGAUGGGACUGUGCCGCACGAGCAUUCUUGUUACAUCUAGUUGGAUGCAGUAUUUUUCCAAAUAAGAGUGGCACAUUGAUUCAUGUGUCAUACUUGAUGUUGUUCAGAGAGUUGGAUAGAUGUGGCAGAUACGCCUGGGGCGUUGCUGCGCUUGCUUACCUGUAUGAGCAGCUCGGAGAUGUCAGCCUUGCUACGACAAGACAAAUGGCUGGAUAUAUGACUCUUUUACAGAGUUGGAUUUAUGAGCAUUUCCCUUAUAUGGGAAGGAGGCGUGUGCUGUCAUCUUAUAUUGAAGACAAACCUCGUGCAACACGAUGGGAGAUCUGGAGACAUGGGUGUAGCCUAGUAGAGGCGAGAGCACAUUUGGAUAGACUAACAUAUGAUGGGGUGAUCUGGUCCCCAUAUGAGUCUCAUCGAGGUAAUCGUCCGUUUUUGGUCAUUGCUUUAUUUUCUGGGUGGAUUAGACUUGGUGACAUGGUUCAACGACAUCUGCCUGAACGCGUAUUGAGGCAGUUUGAGUUUGAGCAGCCCAUCCCACGGACACCAGAUGCUAUUACAAAGGUUGACAUUGAGACCAUUGAUGGUAUUUGGGUGCACUUUAGACCGCAAGUUAUAUCCCAUGUCAGACCGACGUCAUCUCCAUAUGAUUGUGUUGAGGGAUACCUGCAGUGGUUUAGACGAGUAUCCCAUCCGUACAUGAUUCCUGGUGCUGACUUGGAUCGAAUGACUCUUGCACCCCGACUUCGACGACAUAUUCCAGAUGAUGUGUCAGUUCGUCGUAAAUCACCUUCCGAAUUUGAGGUGUUAGGUAAUUUGAGACGCAUAGUCACAAUCUUACAAACAAUGAUUUCUUAUUGUGACGUAAGUGAGGGUACUAUAGCAUAUGAUCGUACUAACGAGGCAUUACAACUCGCUCAUGCCUUAGUUAAAGAACAAAAGGGCAACAACAAAGGAGGUAGACAUGUACGGAGCAGACAAUCAUCUUGAUGUGGAUAACAAUUUUUAUUUCUAUGCUUUUGGUUGAUUAUGACUUAUGUAAUAUUUUGAUUUGUGACACUUGAUUUAGCUAAUUAAACAAUUUGGUCCAUUUUUCCAUGCUUACCAUAAUAAUGGAAAGGAUGUGAGUUUUUAUAUGCUUGAGGGUUGAUCAGUGUGCAUUUUUACCUACUUAAAAU